UUACCGAGGAACGGCCUAACGGACGCCGCGGCCAGGGCGGCGGCGGGCGGCCGCUUCCCGCCCGCCCGGAGCCUGUAAGCAAGAAACAAUAAUGAAUACCAAUAAAAUCUGGAUCACUCAGACUUCCUAUUUAACCUCCAAGGACUUGGCUAUAUAGAAAACUUGUGCUGUGAACUUUAGCGAGGCUGCAAAGUACUACCAGCAAUAAUGUUUGAAACACAGUUGAUUUCCUGUUCUUCUAAGGACAGUGAUGAGCCACCCCAAGAUAAGAAUGAGUGGACCACCGUAAGGCAACGUAGCUGUGCUUUUGUAAACACUCCGUUACCAUGUAUUAAUAAAGCUAUUUAUCACAUUCAAGAGUUGGAAGUAAAGAUGGAGAAAUGUUUUCAACAGUGUGACCAUGUGUUUAAGGAGGAGAAAAUGCCAUGGAUAACAAAACAGGUCAGCGCUGAAUCUAAUGAAGAUAUCUGGUUGUCAUUGGAUUUUCAAGAAGCUAAUGUAUCUUGUGAAGACAGCAAGACAUUAACCUUGACGCAUGAAACAGAAGCUUUGCUAUUGGGUACUGAGCUAAUUAAGCGACUGGAGGCCGAUCGUGAGGAGGCAGAAAAAGCUUUGGAGGAGAGACAGCGAAGUAAAAAGCUUGGCAUGGAAAUAGAUUGUAUGUCACUUUGGAGGCUGCAGCAGCUCCCUGCAGCUGUGCGAAAAGAAUAUGAAAUGUAUGCUCAAGAUACCUUGGAGCUACGAUGGCAUUUUGAUUGUAAAAGCCGUCAGCUGCGACAGGUAGAAACCCAAAUACUUAAGAUAGAAACAGUCAACAGAAACAUUCAGGAGGAUAUAGACUUCAUGAAGAAACACAGCCCUCUGCUGGAAGAAAAGCUAAAUCUGGAGGGUGAAGCUGUGAAGGAUGUAUUGCUGGGUUAUGAAAAGGCAUCAAAAAUAUAUAGUGAUGUUCAUUCUGACCUCAUGGAAAUACAAAAGACAAUGAAGAGAAUUGAUGAAGAAGGAAAAAAGAAGAUAAAAUCUUUGUACAAGAAAAUUAAAUAUGCUGGGAUACUACUGAGUCAAUACAAGAAUGAGUUAAAGCAUUCUGAAUUUAUUUGGACCGAAUACUGUAUGAAGUUAAAAGAAACAGAGGAGAAGAUUAUAAAGGAUGAAAAACACCUUGAGGAGUUAGUGAAGCAAAAAGCAGAAAUCCAGGAAGAUGCAAAAUGUUGGAACAGCAAAGUAGAAGACAUGAAUAACAAAGUAGCUGCCCAAGCUGAUGAGAGCAUAAAAAUAUCAGAUGCUUCUUCUGAAAUGGUUAAAGCUAUGGAAGAAUUAAAAUCCACCAGAGAAAGUGAUCUACAGAAUAUAAAGCAAAAGCUUCUCAAAACUGAUGAAGCACUGGAUGCUUUGAAAUGUGAAAAUGAAGGACUUGAGGGAGAAAAUGAAGAGCUUUUGCAAGAAUUCAGAGAUAGUUCAAGAAAAAAGAAGACAUAUCAGUCAGAAGUCCAAACUGUCUGCAAACACAUACAGAAGACUGAAGAACAAAUAGAAAGACUAAAUGAAGAGCUCUGUAAAACUGAACUGUCUUACAGUGAAAAAAAAGCAAAGUAUGAGGAAAUCCAAACAGAAAUAACUGCAGAAAAAAUCUCCUACAAGAAUUUGGAGUGGAAUCUUCAAAAAGAAAUUCAAGAUGAAAAAGAAGUUUGGAAAGUUAUUCAGGCCAGGAUUAAAACAAUAUAUGGUGAGCUAGAGGAAAAGAGAAAAGAGAAACUGAGGAAAAGAGAAGAAGAUAUGAAGACGAUAGGAGAGAAAGAGAGAGAAGCAGCUGAUCUAGAAACAAAGUUUAAAAGAAGUAAAAAUUUAUUUAAAGAAAACCAUGAGAAGCUCUCCUAUUUAGAUCAGAGACUACGAGACCUAGAUAAACAACAGGAGCAAACAGAAAAACAACUGGAGAAAAAAAGAACUAUUCUGCUGAAACAAUUAAAAGAUAUACAGGAAAAAAAAUCAUUUGUGUCCAGUAAAAUUGCUGAAAACUCUCACACUGUGGAAAAUUUAAAAAAUGAACUUAAAGAACUUGCUGCAUUAUGGAACAUGAAGCAAAUACAGAUGGAAAAUACAGAAAAAUCUUUUGUCGAUUUACGGAAAAAUUUAAGUGAUGUGAAGUUUAAGCAGCAAAAUGUGCAGAUAUUAUUUAAUCAUCUACAAGAUGAGCUAGCAGAAUAUGAAAAAAGGUUAAAGCGUGAAGAAAAAACAUAUGGAGAGUUGCUACAGACUAGAAAGAAAGAUCUGAAGGAUUCUGCAGCCACUCUGGAGCAAGUCAUUAAAGAAAAUCUGUGGUUAGCUCAAGAAUAUCAAAUUUCUCAGAACUGCCACUUAAACAGUAAAGAAGACCUCACAGAACUCUAUGACAAUAGAAUCAGGAUGGAAGCUUCCGUUAGAGAUUAUCAGCAGCUGUGUGUGCUGCAGAGCAGGAUGCGCAGGGCGCUGGCGGCGUACUUGAGCCAGCGCGGGCUCUACGGCCAGGCUGGGCUGGCGAGGAUCCAGGCAGCCUCUCAGGAGAAUGCUCAGAAAAUAUUAGCUGUGCAGGGGGAGUUGUCAAAAGCAAUCCAGCACAUCACUGCUUUCCUGCAUUCUUUGACAGAUGGCUCGUCUACUAUAGACAACAAUGCAAACAACCAGUGUAUCUUGGAUGGUGAAAUAAAAGACAAGAAAAGUCACACAGUUCAGAUAACAGUGUAAUUGGACAUUCACCUGUUUGCCAUUUCACACUUCCAUGGACGAAAAACUCACUCACCUCCCAGCAUGCCUUGCCAUUCUUUUACUUACAGCAAAUCCAUAACAAUGAAACAGGUGACUUUCAUGCUGCUGUCAGGAACGAUCUAAUUUCAGCUCUGGGUGACUGAUUGCAAUUGGCUUUGCCUCAUCUGAUAAUUAAUCUAUGUCACCAUUAAUUGGAAGAGAGAAUAAUUACUGGCGGUGUUGACAGUGACUGUACGCUUCCCCAGAUUUCCCCACUGUGUUGGCCCAAAUAAAGGCUUUGCAAUUCAGUACUUAAAGUUUAUGUAAACUGCAACAAUACCUAUGCCCAUGUGACACUUUCAGACACUCUGUCUAAUGUACUUUUGUUUUUGUGUUUACCAGUCUUUUUUAGCUCUCUGAGAGCUGUCUCCCUCAAUCACUCCUCAAUGUUCUAUCUUAAUUUUGUGGAAGUUUAAAGUUUUCAAUGAGCUGGAGAUGAAUGAUUAAUGAAUAAAUUUAAAUGCUUCAUUUUG